UUCAACUGCAGUGAGACCGCCCGGACAAGACAACUAGCAGAGUUGACUUCACCGGAAGGGUAAAGGAAGAGGAACGGGAAAGAAGACGUUCAUCUGCCGCCGACGCGGAAUCUCCGUUCUCUGGUAACAAUGGCGUCGCCUCACCUCUCGGCGACGAUCAGCCUGCUGAUACUGACGGCGGCGGCGUCGUUGCUCUCGGCCGUGCAGUCGAGCGACACGAAUCGCGUCUACUCGCCCUGCUCCGACACGAAGGUGCAAAGAUCAGACGGCUUCACCUUCGGGAUCACCUUUGCGUCCAGGGCCUCGUUCUUCUUGAACAGCAGCCUGCAGCUGUCCCCAUGCGAUCGCAGGCUCUCUCUCUCCAACUCGCAGAUCUCCGUCUUCAGGCCCAAAGUAGAUGAGAUCUCACUCCUCACUAUCAACACAUCCUCCUUCUUUCCGGAUAGUUAUGGUGGAUAUAUGGUUGCAUUUGCUGGUCGAAAGUAUGCUGCAAGAUCUAUCCCUGCUUUUGUUGCCAACAGCACAUACAUAGUGACCAGUUUUACUCUUGUUCUUGAGUAUAAGAAGGGGAGACUGCAAAACCUGUACUGGAAGAGGGAUGGGUGCUCUUCAUGUUCCAAGAAUUCGAACUUCGUGUGCCUCAACAAUCAGGACUGUGCAAUAAAAACUACUGACUGCAAGAACCGUGGUGGGUCAGUAGACUGCAGCCUUGGGAUACAACUGGCCUUCUCUGGGACAGAUAAGCACCUCUCAGCUCUGAAUUCGUGGUACGAAGUGGAAAAGCUGCGCCAGUACUCUCUCUACGGCCUCUAUGCGAACUUGAGAGAUUCCCUCACCGGUCAGUACAACAAGAUAUUCUAAGUAUGUUCAGGAAUUGUGUAGAUUUUAUAAAAUCAGCGUCAUGUACCAUAUGUGUGUAUACAGUUACUUUCCGAUGCGCCCCUGUCGUUACAUUUGGAGUUAUUGACGUUUUGGACUGAGUUGUUCUGAUAUCAAGUUUCGGCCUUUCUUUUGGCAAUUAUUGAGA